GGAAGCAGUCUCAUUUCUGACCCCCAUGAGUCUCACAAGAAACCUCUUCCUGUCGCUGGACCUUUAUCUGGACCACCGACAUAUCCUACUGUCUUUGUUGUAGAUUUGCAUUAUCAGAAGAUCAUUCACCGAGACAUCAAACCAUCAAACUUGCUCUUGGGGGACGAUGAACAUGUCAAAAUUGCUGAUUUUGGAGUUAGCAAUCAGUUUGAAGGCAGUGAUGCCCAGCUCUCCAGCACUGCUGGGACCCCAGCCUUCAUGGCCCCCGAAGCUAUUUCAGAUUCUGGAAAGAGCUUCAGCGGAAAGGCUCUAGAUGUCUGGGCAAUGGGUAUUACUCUCUUUUGUUUUGUAUAUGGGAAGUGUCCCUUCAUUGACGAAUUCAUCCUGGCGCUUCACAACAAGAUCAAAAACAAGCCCGUUGAGUUUCCAGAAGAGAUCAAGACCACUGAGGAACUAAAGGAUCUGAUUCUAAAGAUGCUGGAAAAGAACCCUGAAUUAAGGAUAACUGUUCCUGAAAUUAAAGAGCAUCCAUGGGUCACCAAGUAUGGCAAGCACCCUCUUCCUUUAGAGGAGGACCAUUGCACCAUAGUAGAAGUAACUGAAGAGGAAGUGAAGAACUCAAUCAAGACAAUUCCUAGUUUACCUGCUGUGAUUUUAGUGAAGGCCAUGCUGAGGAAACGGUCAUUUGCCAACCCAUAUGAGACCCAAACGAGGCGAGAGGAAAGAUCUAUGUCAGCUCCAGGAGACUUACUAAUAAACCAAGGAAGCCGGGAAGGGCUUAAAGACCCAGAACUGCCCGAUGUGAAUGAAGAUGACACGACCUCUUGAAACUCCUCGAAUCACGCUGACUAAUCAUCCAGCUAGAGCUGCUGCUGUAACUAUUGUAAUUGGUGGUGUUGUCUUGCACGCCAUGCUGUUCUCAUCAACCGGGGUUUGUGAUCUGUGGGAG